AUGCAGGCUGACAACGCUUCAGUUUAUGAGGACCGGGGCGUGUUGCUUUGGGUUGUUAACAGUACAUUCAUCGGACUGGCGACUCUCGCGGUCAUUGCGAGAUUUGCCGCAAGAAGGCUGAAGAACUUACCUCUGGCCGCUGAUGACUGGGCAAUCUGUGUCGCACUGCUGCUUGACUGGGCGUUGUACGGCUUCUUCAUUGCAUGCAGGGAAUAUGGACUUGGAAGGCACCGAGAGGUAGUUUCAGAAGACAAUAUCCCCGUGUUUCUCCAACUGUUGUACUACUUCCAGAUUUUCUAUAUUCUCGGCCCGCCAACCGUGAAGUUGUCGCUUUUACUGCUAUAUCGCCGAAUCUUCAUAUCAUCUCAGUUCCUCAGAAUCGUGUAUGCUGUCGGUGCAAUUAUCAGUGUGUGGACCAUCAUCACGAUCUUCCUAGCCAUCUUCAACUGCAUACCAAUCAGUGGGUUCUGGACCGGCCAGGGGCAAUGCAUUUCAUUUAGGGAUUUUGCCAUCGGAUAUGCCAUUGUGAACAUCAUCACCGACCUGGCAGUGUGGCUCAUGCCCAUCCCGAACAUGUGGAAGCUGCAGCUUCCGACCUCACAGAAGAUUGCUCUGACGCUCAUCUUCGUUCUUGGCCUGAUUGAUUGCGGUGCAGCCCUCGUGCGACUCUUUUCAUCAGUGCUCGUCAUCGGCAAUUGGGAUGUAACAUAUUACUAUGGGCGCGGAUUCAUAUGGUCCAUUAUCGAAGUUUCCCUCGGCAUUGUCUGUACGUGUCUUCCCACCAUGCGCGUGAUUCUAAAGAUUGCCCUGAGUCGAAGUUUCGCUCGAGGCUUCGGAUUUUCGAGUUUGACUCCUCGGCCUCGCCGUUCAAGCAAAAGAGGCUGGGUCCGGGCAUCCAAAUACAAUGAGAUCCUGGGCCCAUGGAGUGUGCAGCCUGGCGCUGGAAAUCAAACCCAUAGCGAUGUCACCAUGGGUGUGAGACGAGAGGAUGGUGCCAACGCAGCACGGGAGAUUCGAGUUUUGGAAGAGAUCAAGGUUGAGCUUCAGCAUAUUAAAGCACCCUCGCCUGCAGCGCCGUGUUUGGGACCAUAA